AUGGAAGCCAAGCUUAAUCAAAUCACCGAGAUGAUGGAGCGCAUGAGCCAACGAAUGGAGCGGCUUGAAGGUCAGCUGAGGCCAGCGGAAGUAAACGAUCAAAACCGUGAGGAACCUAUGCACAUCCGCCGAGAUCGGAACCAGGAACCUGAGAUCGACAAUCCUUUCUACGAUGACAACCAUUCAUCUGGUAGUAGCCGAGUGAGACCGCGAGUUAACCGAAUGUUUCGUGGCCGAGCUGGAGGAAUCCGUGACCGAGGACACGCCAUGCCCGCGAGAAACCCAAAUGACCGUUAUGAAGGAGGACGGCCACAACAGCGUUACGAAGCCGAACCGGCUAGAGGCCGAAACGACAACGACCUCGGGGGAAUGAAGCUCCGGAUUCCAGCAUUCUACGGCAAGAGCGACCCGAACGCUUUCCUGGAAUGGGAAAAGAAGGUCGACAUCAUCUUUGGGUGUCAAGAUCUUCCGGAGAGGAAGAAGAUAAACCUAGCUGCUUCAGAUUUCAACGGUUACACGAUCAAAUGGUGGGAUCAGAUUGUGAUCAGUAGAAGAAGAAACGGAGAACGGCCUGUUGAAACCUGGGAAGAGAUGGCUACCUUGAUGCGGCAACGUUUCGUGCCCGCACAUUAUCAACGCGAGCUGCACACCAAGCUCAGACGUCUUACUCAAGUAACCAAGUCUGUGGAAGACUAUCACCAGGAAAUGGAGAGGCUUAUGAUCAAAGCUGAUGUCUUUGAACCUGAGGACGCGACGAUGGCGCGAUUCUUAAGUGGGUUAAACCGAGAUCUUCAAGACCGAAUGGAACUUCAGGAGUACCAGGACAUGUACGAGAUGUUACAUAAAGCAAUCCUCUUGGAACAACAACUCAGGCGCAAGGGAACCAAUCGGUUCACUACCGGAUCCAGUUUGCGACCGACCUACCGAGAUGACAAAGCUGUCUAUCCUACGCGGCCGAAGUCAGAAGUCAAACCCGGUCAGGGCUCCGCCGACCUCAAAGGCAAAGCCGAGGUAACCUCAGCCCGGACUCGUGAUAUCGAAUGCUUUAAAUGUAGGGGCAAGGGCCACUAUGCGAACAAGUGUCCAAACCAGAGAGUUAUGAUCCUUCUAGACACUUGCGAGGUCGUGUCCGAAGCAGAAAGUGAAGCCGAGCCGAAGUAUGACGAGGAGCCAGAAGAAGAGUAUGCGGCUGGAGGAGAGCUACUGGUAGCACGGCGAGUGCUAGUGUCACAAGAACCGGUCCGAGAAGAGGAUCAAAGGGAAAAUCUUUUCCACACACGGUGUAUAGUCAUGGGGAAGACCUGCAGCAUGGUCAUAGAUGGAGGAAGUUGCACGAAUGUAGCAAGCCAGAGCAUGGUGGAGAAGCUCGGAAUGCAAACUAUCAAGCAUCCGCAUCCGUACAACCUCAGAUGGCUUAACAACCAAAGGCAACUCAAAGUCACCAAGCAAGUCACCGUGCCAUUUAAGAUUGGGCGAUAUGAAGACGACGUGCUAUGUGAUGUUCUACCCAUGGAGGCCGGACACAUUUUGUUAGGACGGCCGUGGCAGUUCGACCGGAAAGCAGUCCACGAUGGGUUCACCAACAAACAUUCGUUUGAACACCAAGGACGGAAGGUCAUGCUGGCGCCUCUAUCCUCACAUGAGGUCUACCUGGAUCAAAUCCAAUUGGAAAGAAGUAACAAAGGCAAAGCUACCAUGAGUGACCCCCUAAACACAUCCACCAAAAAUGAGAGCGAUACUUUGAGUGAACCACCACAAAAAGCCUUAAACACUCAACCCGUGAGAAGAGAUACUCUAUUUGUGAGGCCAAGAGAGAUUAAACAGGCCAAAAUCUUUUCCACACACGGUGUAUAG